GGAUUGGAAAUUUCAUUUUCCCUCAGCAGUCCGCAGGCUUGUGACCGCCAUAAAUGAGCACGAGAAUGAAUUUGUAAAGCGUGCGCAUUUUAGCGAUCACUGGCUGGCGGUGCUUGAACUCAGCGCUUCACUCUUUCCGGGUAGUUAACUGUUGAAGACAACUUAGAGAGGUGGGCAACUUUUAAUUUAAGUAAUUGUUGCAGUAAUCAAGAUAAUGAUGGAAAAUAAGUAUGUUCUCUGAAGAAUAAAGUAAAACAAAAUUUUCUCGAAACUGUUUAAAAUGCUUUAAUUAGUUCAGGUGCUUGCAGAUCCAUUUGUUUUAUAUAUUUUUUAAAUAAAUUGUAUUUUCUUCAUGCAUUUUUAUAAACCAUGGCACAAGAAGCUAUGACUAAUAUGCAUAUGACUCGCAGAUGUGAACCAAUGGGUGGUGAAAUAGAUAGCAAUAACAGAAAUGCACCCAGUGUUAUUAAUAUUAGCUCCCAGAGUAACUUUACAGAUUCUCCCCCAGAAGAAAAUUUUAUUGAUGAUUUGACUUUAAGAGUGAGAUCCUUAUUGAAAAGCUGGGAAGAUGAUAUUUCAAAUGAUGAUUCAUUUAAUAACCAUGAAAUGCAAGACAAUAGUUGCAAUUCACAUUCAGCUUUGAGCAAGAAAUUUCACGUAGAGAAAUCAGCAGUGCCAUUAAGUACUGAUUUUAGUUCAAAUAAAAUUGUUCAAGAAUUUCAAAAUUCAAAUGAAUUAAAAUGCCAUUGUGAUGUUUCAAAAUUCAAUCCCAGUGGAAACUUUGCUGAAAAUUCUCCGAAUGAUUGUAAAACUUCUGAUUUCAGUUCCUUCACUCAUCAAAUAGGACUGAAAGCAUCAACAAAUUCAAGGGAAAACAUCAGAGAAGAAAUUAAAAAAUGUGUUCCUCCACUAAUUGAAGGGAAAUCUUCAAACAGGUCUGAAUUUAAGAAUGAAAAAUAUUUAAAUCAUUCAAGAAUUUCAGUCAGUAAAAAUUCCAAUUAUGAAAUGGAUGAUACUAUACAAUCUCUUAGAAAAACCUCUACACCAAAGCAGACAAUUGAAGAUGCUCUUUCCUAUAAUGAUUUCUCUAAUUCAUUACAAGAUGUUAGAAAUAUUUCCAAUGCGAAAGAAAAGAAUUUUAAUGUCCCAAUUGAACAAACAAUUUUUGAAUCUCCAAGAAAAUUGUCUGUUCAUGAACAAAAUUCAAAACAAGCUAUUAAAAACUCAAAGUCCAAUUCAUUAUUAAAUGUUGCAACUUCUACAGAUUUUCAUUCCAGAGAAUCUUCAGACAAAGAGACUGAACGCAGUUGGUCAGAGAUUACAGUUGUUGCUGAAUCGUAUUCAGAACCUUCCAGGCACCCCAUUACAUUGUCAAUGGAAAAUCAAAAUGAUUUCUGUAAUGUAAGUGCUUCCCAACCAGUUUCAUUUGGAGAACCUCCCAAAGUAUUUAAUUCAAAUCCAAGAGUUAAAGAGAACAUUAAAAACUUAUCAAGAUCUACUGAUAUUUAUAAUAAAGAUAUCAAGUUGGAUUCAAGAGACUGGAGAAUUGAAAUCACUGAUCAUGAUAAAACUUCUCAGGCAUCAGAUAAAGAAUAUCAAUUUUCAGAUUUUCUUCCAAAUUCUAAUUUGAGUGAUCUUGAUCAGAUUGAUCAUGAUACUCCACCAUUAUCAGCAUCAAGUAUGGCAUCUAGUAAAAGAUUGGAAUGGGAUAAUGGUGCUGAUAUAGGCUAUAAUGUAGCAACCAUGAGAUCAAAAGUAAAAUAUAGGAGUAUUCCUAGAAGUGAACCUGAAGGAAUAUCCUUCAUUAAUGAAACAGGAGCAAACACAGCUUCCUCUAAAAUAAUGUUGCCAAGUUUUGCCUCAGUGAGUAGUCAAGAUGAACCUGCAUCAGUAGCAUCAUCUCAUUUAAAUGGUAAUAGCUGUGAAACAUCUAGUGUACACGAUCCUUCUGUAAUGGAGGAUGUGCUUGAAAGAAGUUCUUCUCCUGGUUCACUUUCAAGAAGUGACUCAAAAAAAUCUGUUAUAUAUAAUUCAUAUAAAAAUUCAUUUGCAGCUGAUAAAGUUUGCACAUCUUCUGAUCAUAGUUUUAUACAGGCACCAAAGAACUCAAGCUGGCCAGAUUUAACUUUAAAAACUUCUGUGCUAGCUGCUGACUGGCAGGCUAUUUCUCCCUCCAAAAUGCUAUCAAAAUCUGAUGAACAAGUCGGUUUAGUUAGGCACUCUAAGUUAACAACUAAACUUGAACUAUCUCGCUCUCCAGAUUUUACUGCUUCUGGAAAUAAUAUUUACAAGUCCACUGAUUUGACCCAUCUUCCUGAAAGAAUUUUACCGAUUGGUGAUUAUUUCCCUUCUGAAUCGCAAUCAGUUCCAAAAAAUAAUUCUGCAAGAAAUAUCUCUCAUUCUUGUAAAAAUUGUCAGUCUGUAAUAAACGAAAAUGUAAGUUCAUCAGCUACUGACUUAAAUAAUCAGAAGUGUGGUGAUUUAUACAAUUUGCAAGAAGGUGAUCUUGAAUCUUUUGAAAUAGAUUCGGAAUCGCCAAAUGUUAAUCAAAUUAAUAAUUCUUCACAGUUUCCUCAUCAUGAUGCAGAAGGUGAUUGGAUGAAUGAAAGUGCCCAUGAUUCUGAUUUCAGUUAUAUUACUGAAUUGCCUGAACUUGCAGACUAUCAACUUCAGUCAUUUAAUUCCAGGCCUUUCCUUUUACUUAGUCAAGAUUCUUCAAGAUUUAAGGGAAGUAAUUUUCCAAAUAUUGUCCAAAACCUUCUUCGCAAUAGUAACUCCAUUGAUCAUUCAAUAAAUGGAAAUUUGGAAGUAAAACCACAUAUAAGAUGGUAUCCUUUGCCAUCAACUUCCAAUUUUCAAGAUAUAAAAAAUGUGUCUACUCAAACUGCAGAUUCCUUUAUUGCCAAAAAACAAACAGAUUCUCUUAUCCAAGUUACAGAUCCACAAGUAAAUUAUGAAGAAUUGUCAAAUGAAACUUCUGGAUUAAAGCUUGGAGCUGAAUCAACGGAUAAAUUUUCAAUCAAAACGAUGGAUAACAGCAGUUCCCUUUCUACUUCCAUAUUAUCUAAAGCUUCAGCUGUUAUUAGUAAAGGGACAUCAAAAUCACAGAGCAGCUUAAAUGAAAGAACUAAUAAUUCCUUCUCCCAUCAUAUAUAUGUGCCAUCAGGUGUACCAAUGACUGCAAACAAAAGUACUUAUAGUAAUGUAAACCAAGCUGAGGGUAAAUUACAUCUGUCAAAACUAUCAAAUUCAUCAGAAAAAAACAUGCCAUUGGCAGAGUCUUGUCUGUCACAUAAAUCUGAAGUGGAAAAGCAUGGAGAAAUGUCUUCAUUAACCCAUCUUGCCAGUCCUGUUGUUACUUCCAAUAAAUCUGCACAAUAUCAGCCUUCUACUGCUUUCAAUGACACAAGAUAUAAUGGGAAUGAUUCAUCUUAUUUCGGUACAAGGAAUGCUGUUUCUUACCAACCAUCAAAGUAUAUUUUUUCUGGAGAUUAUUCGUCUUCAUUAGUUAAAAGAAGAGUUGGUGUCGGUCAGUGCCAUACAUCUUCUGAAUCAAUCACUGAUAAAGUUACCAGAGAAAAUUUUAGAAUUCAACCUGGUAUGCUAUCCAAGGAAUCAAGAAAUUCCUCAACUGGAAAUUUGAUGAACAAGAAUGCUGGAAAAGAUGAACCUGGUCCACAUUCAUCUGAAGUUUCUGAUGCAAAUUAUUCAAGUUCUGUAUUCUCAAGAUUUAUUUCCAAUCAACUUGGUGAUGAAUCAGCAAAUUCUGAUCUUACUGAGAGUAAUUAUAGACAGGAUUUAGAUAACACUAUUCCACUGGCCUCUGCUUAUAACAGAAACUACGUUGAAACUACUUCAGAUAGAUGCAAUUCUUCGUCAACCAUCCCAUUAGAAAGUAUCCACUUAAAUCCUAAUGAAAAAGUGAAUAGCAGUGUGACAGAUUAUGAAAGAAAGUGCUCAGAUAUGACUUCUGAUAAUACUAAUCAUUUUAUGCAAAGAGAAACAAAUUUAUCUCAACUGCUUUCAGAAAAUCCUCCAUUCUGCAUAUCUAAGCAGCAUCAAAACAAAAUAGUUCAUAAAUCGCAUUCUGACCCACUUAUUUCAUCUCGGAAUUUUAAAACAAAUGUUGCUUGUGAAGAAAUAAAAACUUUACCACAAUCUCGGAUGCCUCCCGUAAAUAGAAAAUUGGAUUUUGAAUUAAGCAGCAAUUCUGAUACAGAUUCUUGUGAAAGGAUCGAUUGUGUUGAAACAUCUUCAUUAAACUAUUCAAAUACAAAGGAUACUCCUGGAUUUCAUCAGCCUCAAAAUCUCCUUAGAGAAACAGCUUCAAAUUCCUUUUUAUUUAAUAGAGGAUCUUUUAACUCUAAAAAUCCAUUUCAAGAUAUAGAAAAUAUCCCACAGAGUUCAAAUUUAUCUACUGAGAUUCCAAAAUACAUCAGUGAUUCCCACAAAUACUUUUUUAAGGAGCAGACACAAUUACCUUCAAGAAAUGAAAUGGAAAAAUCUAAAAAUAUUCAAAAACAAUUUGAACAUUUGGAUGUUGUUGAUGAAGUGCAUCAAAUUCCUAGAGAUAAUGUUUUGUCGAGAUCAAUGAAUUUUGACGUUAAUAAAAAGAAUUAUGCAUCAGUUGGAGUUCAGGUUUCUCAAAACAUUUCUAAGUUAGAAAAAUGUAGCUUUUGCCAUAAAACUAAAGAUUCACACAUGAAUUGUUGCCUCAAAAAAGAAAUUUUUAAGACUGUAUUGAAUGAGACUCUUGCAAAAAGGAUAUCAACAACAAAGUCAAAGUAUGCAACUUCAUUUUGUGUUUAUCCAUCUGGUUGUUAUUGUUGCUGUAAUAAAACUUUACAGGAAGCUUUUAAUUUUCACCGCUCUGAGAUAGUGGAAAGAAUUGAACACAGAAAAAAAGAAGUUGAGGAAAAGUGUAAAAAGAAAUUAUUUCUACAUGCUCCACAACCUUCUCAAACUAAAUUUAAGCAGACAAAUGUUAAAUUGAGUUUGAAACCUGCGACUGAUGUAAAUAGAAAAACUGGGAAAAUGAAUGUUAAUAAAGAAAACAAAAGGAAUAAAAGGUCAGAAACCUCAUCAUGGAAAAAUGCAUCUUCUCAGAUGGGACGACAAAAGAAUCUCAACAAGUAUAACAGAAUAAUGUCUAAAAUAUACUCGCAGAGACUGAAAAAUGAAACUUUAAAAGGCAAUGUCAAUCACCGAAGGCAUGAAACUUUAAUAAACUCUUAAAUUGUUUCUUUGGAUUUUAAAGUGAUACCUGUGAUAUUUUAUCAGUUGUAAAUACAUUUAAAUCAAUAUUGUCUGCUGUAAAUAUUUCAUUUUUAACUCAUCCAAUUUUAGUAAUCUUUAUACUUGUUUAUGUAAAUGUACAUAAUAUUUUAUUCUCU